UGGUUGAUGUGCAUCUCUCAGCUUGCACCAGGCUCUUGCUGUAGAUUUCUUGCUGCUUUUUCGAGAAGCAGGAGUGCUCUGGAAACCUUUAGAUGAAAAUGAAAAGAAAACAUCAGCAUGGCCAGAGGCAGUGGCAGCACCUGCAACAACAGCAGACACAGCAUCAGAGGCAGGAGCAUCAGGAGCAGUGGGAGCAGCAAGAGCAACAGCUGCAACUGUGCCAUCAGAGCCAGAAGUACCAGCAACUGCAGCAGCAGCAACAUAGGAGGAGAAAAAAACAGGAGGAGCAGGAGGAGCAGGAGGAGCAGGAAUACCAAGAAGAGGAGAAAAAGAAAUAAUGAGUGAUUGUGUCUACAUUUAUGGGAAGAGAUUGAUGGGCUUCUUUGGCGAAAUUAGUACUCAAAGAAUUACUCAUGUAGAUAUUCCUGUCUCUCUGCGAAUAAACUUUCAUCCACCCUUGCUUGCAUACAAGAGACAGUGGCAGUACCUGCAACAACAACAACAGCAGCAGCAGCAGCAGCUACUGCAGAGUCAGGAGCAGCAGGAGCAGCAGGAGCAACAGCAGCAGCAGUCAGCAGCAAUGUAG